AGCAGCAGGCAACGAAGCAAGCACACAGCGAGCAGAAAAAAGAAAAAUGUCAAGUGUGUCAAAUUUUGACAACAAUAAAGGAGGCGUCGACUGGAUUCAAUAAAUAAAUUGUUUGAAAUUAAAUUAAAAUAAAUUUGUAAAAAUGAUACGUUUCAUUUUGAUCCAAAACCGUGCGGGAAAAACUCGACUUGCAAAAUGGUAUAUGAAUUUCGAUGAUGACGAGAAACAGAAGCUGAUUGAAGAAGUACACGCUGUUGUCACAGUCAGGGACGCUAAGCACACCAAUUUUGUCGAGUUCAGGAACUUCAAGAUCGUGUACAGAAGAUACGCGGGCUUGUAUUUCUGUAUAUGCGUGGAUGUGAACGACAAUAACCUGUGUUAUUUGGAAGCUAUCCAUAAUUUUGUGGAGGUACUGAAUGAGUAUUUCCACAAUGUGUGUGAGCUGGAUCUAGUUUUCAAUUUUUAUAAGGUAUACACAGUGGUGGAUGAGAUGUUCCUGGCUGGGGAGAUCCGGGAGACGUCGCAGACGAAGGUCCUCAAACAGCUGCUGAUGCUCAACUCCUUGGAGUAGUCCCGUCGGAGAUCUAAGUCAUUCAGUUUUAUAAGGCUUACCUUUCAUUGAUGUGCACAAUCCUAUGCUAACUAUAUAUAUUAUUAGCUGCACCCUGCAGUGUUACCAACAUAAUAUGUACCUAAUUUGGAAUAUCACAGAAUGAAAAGAUAUUGUGGUCUUUGGAAAUUGCAAUCAACAUUUUCGUAAAAUUCAUUGUUCCAUUGCACAUAAUAACAGUGAAACUGAGCAAUGAAAAAUAUUACAUUAAUAGGGUGUAAAUGUGGGGAAAUUAUAAAUUAAUGAAGAGUAAAACUUAAUAUAAAACUUUUUAUUUAUAGUUAUUAUUAUUAUAUAUAAUAUAAUAAUAUGAAGAAAGUGAGGUCUGUUGCAUAUAUUUAAAUUUUUGUAGCAAAUGUAAACUGUAUGAUUGUACUUGUCUGAUGUAUUAUUGAAUAGUUCACAUGUUAGAAGAAAAAAUCAAGAAAAUUUUAAAAAUACCCAGCUGUUUCUGCAACAUUCUAAUUUACUUAUUACUAGACUGUGGAAAGGAGUGGCCUGUGCUGUUUCUUUUCACCCGCAGGUGAAAUCUCAGUUGAAAGGCAUGUCUAUUAGGUCAUCUCUCUUGCACAUAAGAUUUGUGAAUGAGACCAUUCAAUAUAUUACAGUUCUAAAUUUAACUCCAGUAAUAUGAAAGCAUAUUUGUAUAUAAUGGAAUGUAGCUGUAGCCUAUCUUAAGGAUCGAAAUGAAAGCAUGCGUCUAUUAACAUGAUUUAUUUAUGAGAAACUAUGUAAAAACUUGGUCUAUAAUCUCUGUAAUUGGUUACCUAUCAAUCGAUUAUAUUAUUAUUACAAUGUU